GAGAGUGUGUGAGUGUGUGUGUGUGUGUGUGUGUGUGUGUUUUUGUGUGUGAGCCUGUGACUACGAGAUGUUCAUGAUCAUUCGGGAGACGUCCGCCGCAGGAGGCGGUGCUGCAACCAUGAGUGUGCCAUCGGAGAGGAGUGCAAAACAGGUGCAGGCUGCCAUCAAGAAGAAGGUGGAGAAGCAGAAGAAGCGAUCCAUCGACCUAGGAACCGCAGACGUUCAGAUCACUGCACCUCUCCCUCCUCACCUUCAAAGGCCGGCGAUGAUGGCAGCAGAAGCCGGGGCUGAGGGGGCUGAGGAGAGUGAGGAGCUGGAGCGGACUCUGGAGGAGAUGAUGGAGGGACCACCGAGGAGAGAGAACGAGAAAGAGGAGGCUGAGGCUGUCGACCUGCUGCCCAUAGUGGACUCUGUGUUUGGACAGGACAGAGAGCUGAGACCAGAGGAGAUUGACGAGCUCCGUGAGGCGUUUUUGGAGUUCGACAGGAACAAAAAAGGCUACAUCAGUCAUAAAGAUCUCGGGGAGUGCAUGAGGACCAUGGGAUACAUGCCGACAGAGAUGGAGCUCAUCGAACUGAGCCAGCAGAUCGGUGGAGGGAAAUUGGACUUUGAGGAUUUUGUGGAGCUGAUGGGACCAAAGAUGUUGGCAGAGACAGCCGACAUGAUCGGAGUCAAGGAACUACGAGACGCAUUCAAAGAGUUUGACUCUAAUGGGGAUGGUCAGAUCAGUUUGACUGAGCUGCGUGAAGCAAUGAAAAAGCUCAUGGGAGAACAAGUGACCAACAGAGAGAUCAACGAGAUUCUUCGAGACGUUGACCUCAACGGAGAUGGUCUGGUGGACUUCGAGGAGUUUGUGCGGAUGAUGUCUCGCUGAAAGGUCCACCUACGUUACAGAUCAACAAAGAAACUGUGCAGCUACUGGACUUGUGACCACACUACAUCGUAGUGAAUGUUAUUCAUCUGCUCUUAAGAGCAUGUAUCUGGAAAUUAUAUUUUUCAUAUUUUAUAAAGAAAAACAAAUUAAUACGUUUGAAUAGACAAUAGCACCCUGCCUAUGACUGACACAAAUAUUCACAUCUGAACUUAGGGUGCUGCAUUAAUAUUUAUUAUUUAAACUUCGGUAAAACAUAUCGAAAGCUUCAUAGACAACAUUUAUGACUCUGUUUUUAGAAGUAUUUUUAUGUAUCAAUGG